AUGAGAGAAUUAGGUUCUAGUUUCCAGAGCGCAUUUUUUGCCGGGCGAGUGACCCUUAAAAAGGCUCUCGAAACAUGCCCUCCCAGCCUCCGCCGCCAGAGGCCGCUGCGGCGGCGCGCGUCGGAGCCCCGGCUCGUCCGUUAAAGGUUCCCCAGAGCGCGCUCGCGCUCGGAGAGCCGUUGCUGGGGGCGACGCCGGGCGGAAGCGGAGCGGCGGCGGACGCUUCGCGCGCCAUUUUCAAACGGCCGCCUCGGCCCACACCGCCGCUCCAACUUCCUGGGAGGCUUUUUUUGUGUGGAGAAAGGCGGGGGAGAAAGAAGCGAAGGUAGAGUAGCCCGAGACCCAGGAGGGGCCCCCCGAGGGCGAGCGGUGGGGGAAGAGCCAGGCCGCGGGUUUAACGGCCCUCGGCGGAGAGGCCGAGAUUUAUUAGAGAGGCCUCCACCGAGGGCCCGUUUCCAUGGCGACGGCGGGGCGGUGACGUCACCGCGAAGGGAGCAGCCCUUUCAGCUGCUGUGACGCUUCCUGGGGCCUUGAGGACGAGGCUGCCUUGGGAAAGCGCCGGCGCCCUCGUCCUCCGCAAUCACAGCGCGACCGCUUCGGGUUCCUUGUCUUGUGGCCCUGGCCAGACCCUCCGUCCGACAAUCGCUGCUUCAUGUUUAGUCCCUUCUUCGCCGCCCCCCUUGGGUUGACCCUCCCGCCCAGAGCACCAGUCGCACCUCUCCCCACUUUGCUCCCUUCUCUGCGAUCCCUAUGUCUCUGCAGCUGCUCACCGCAGCCUCGCCUCUCUCCCUCGUCAUUGCUCUUCUGCUUGCUUCUUGACCCGUCAGUAUAUCUAUAUUUCUCCUAGAAAUCCUUGCUGUAGCACAGUUGCUCUCAAAAAACAACAGCACACCCCCCACUGUUGUAUGCAGAGGUGUGUGUGAUCUGUCAUGUUUGCUUUAGUUGCCAUUCCUUGCAUUGCACGGGGUUGGACUAGAUGACCCCUGGGGUCCCUUCUAACUCUACGAUUCUAUGAUUCUGUUGUGUAUAGAGAUAUCUCUCUCUCACUUAUACAUGUUCCACGGAGUUCAUUCAGGCUGGCAUACAUGAUAUCCGUGCUCCCUGACUUUAUCCUCACAACAGCCCUAUGAGGUAGGUCAAUCUGAGAGACAGUAGCUGGCCCCCGAUGCAACUGGUUUUGUUGCACUGGGCGCAGAGCCUUGGGGGAUGCUGCAACUAUGAUGUAGAAUGGAAGGCAAGAGGCAGGGGGUCCCCCAGUUUUGGCAUCGCAAAAUGAAACCCCAUGCACAGUUCUUAUUCUUCAACUCCUUUUGUGUAGAAGUCACUAGUGUGUGUUCUGAAAUGGCACUGGAUUGUGGUUGAACUGGUUGCACAUCAUGCGAUGCCCUGGCUACAUCUUAUUUACGAACUCUAAUCUGUUGUUGGUUUCUGAGUCUGAUAUUUCAGGGACACUCCAGUUUGCGUCCAUACUCUUCUAUUUCACCCUCUUCCUGGUAAAAAGUAAUGUCUCAGCUGCCAGAAGACCAUGCUAACUUGUAUCAGGUCAUGACCAAGUGCCAGAAAGCAAGGAGCUUGGUCUUGCAUGUUCAUGUUGUAAUUGUGUAAGCUAACAUGUGCUUAAAUUAUUUGCAGAUCCCAUUUUUUUCCACAAAAGACAGUUCAAUAAUAUCUUCACAAUGAGCACAGCUGCAGAACGAAAGUUCGUUAAUCUAAGGAAGCGGUUGGAUCAGCUGGGUUAUCGACAACCAUUAGGAGUGGAGAGUUUGCCUUUGGUGGAAAAGCUUUUUAGGUAUCUAAACAAAAGGGAAUAGCAAAAUGUACUCAUAGGUGCUAUUGGAUUGAUAUUUGCUGUUUGACUACAUUACACUAGUGGUGAAAGUUAGUCUUCUGUGAAAUGCAUUGUCAAAGCAAAUAUCCUAUGUUAAUCCUGAAAUGCAGUUUAAAGCAAUCUUUUGUAACUUCACUGUACACAAUCUAGAGACAUCAGUUUCAAAUUUCACUAGAAUGUAUAGUGGUACCUCGGUUACAUACACUUCAGGUUACAGACGCUUCAGUUUACAGACUCCGCUAACCUAGAAAUAGUACCUCGGGUUAAGAACUUUGCUUCAGGAUGAGAACAGAAAUCGUGCUCCGGCAGCACGGCAGCAGCGGUUAAGAACAGUUUCAGGUUAAGAACGGACCUCCGGAACGAAUUAAGUACGUAACCAGAGGUACCACUGUAUCGUAAUUGGCUUUUAAAAGCAUGCCUAAAAUUAGCUGCAAUAAGCAACUGUUUUAGAACAGAGGUCUGAGUGCAGUGCAUAGAAAAAUCUGUAACAGGAACAUUCCUGUGACAUAAGGGAACCCUGGUGUACAAUAUUAAAUGUCCUAGGCAAUAAAAAUAGGGUUUAAUUUGAAUAAAUUAAUCAGCUUAAAGAAUGGUGUGAAUGCUGUUCUGUAAGCAGCAUUCUUCCUGAAAAAACAAAUGUUUGCUUUCAUGCAUAAAUGGGAUGUCUUGUAUAUGCAGCCACAAAGUUGGGGUAAAUUCUGCCAACCAAAUGUUGCACAUUAAUCUUAGAAAUGCUGCCUGCUUGCCUCCUCCUUUAAUGUGUGUGCAAGUAAAUCCCCUUUUGAUUUUAAUGAAAACUUGGCCAUUUAAGGAAGGUUAAGAUUGUAGUCCAUGCAUACUUGCAUAGACAUAGGGAAAUAGAUGAAAUGUUCUAUUUUAAAUCUGGUUGGCUAGUACACCAAGCCAAAAUCUGCUUCUAUUCUGGCCUAGGGGGUGACUGGAGCAGGGUAUUUAUACAAAAUACUAGUUUUGGCCAUUAUAGGAGUCAUCUCUCAAGCCUGGAAAUUUGUUUUCCUUCCAUUUCAGUGACCUUGUUCAUACAACUGAGAGCCUCCGGAGUGCUAAGCUAUCUGCUGGAAAACUUGAAAAAGAAUACAGCAACUUUGACGUUGUUCUAGAACCUUAUCGAGAAGAAAAUGCUAGGCUCACCCGUGAAAACAAUGAACUACAUUUAGAAAUUCUGAAACUGAAAGAACAAUUGGAAAAGCAGGUCAAAGGUAAUCUUGAAAACCUAACUGAUUAUUUGUCUCUCAGAAAGGGGGGGGGGCAACAAAUUUUGACUAUCAUUAGCCAAAACUUGUGGUUGCCAUUGAUCCCACAAGUCUUGCCUCUAAUAAGUUUGGUGGUAGCACUCUACCCUUUGUGUUGAGUUUUGGAAGCACUUGCGCUGGUGAUGCAGCAGGAAGAUGGAAUCUGCAAAAAUCACCUUACCUUUUAUCUUUGUGGAUUGUGAUGUAUCUCCAUUACAUCAAAAGCAGAAUGGCAGCAUUGAAUGCCACCCAAAGACUUGAUGCAGUGGUGGACUGGAUAAGGGCCAAUAAACUGUCUGAAUCCUGAGAAGACGGAAGCUCUUUAAAAAUCUCCCUCUGAAGGAGCAAGUGCAUAGUUUGGGGGCAUUCCCAAAUGCAUCUUUGUCACUGGGGGCCCUGUUGUCCUCUGUGGCUUGUUGUGCCUUCUGCCAGCUGCAUCUGGUUCACCAACCACAGUCAUUCCUGGACAGGGAUAGCCUGACCACUAUAGUCCAUUGGUAAUCUCGAAGCUACUGUAAUGCACUAUAUGUGGGGCUGUCCUUGAGUCUGAUUCAGAAGCUCCAGCCGGUGCAGAAUGCUGCGGCCAGAUCACUGGCGGGAGUGACACCAUUGUUAAAACAGCUGCACUGGUUGCCCAUCUGUUACUAAGCCAGGUUCAAGGUUCUUUUAUUGAUUUACAAAGCCCUAAACAACUUGAGUCCAGGACACCUCAGGGAUCAGCUGAAUCCUUAUAUAACAGCUUGAUCACUGAGAUCAUCUGCAGGAACGUCUUUCAUUGCUCUCCGAGUAGGUGAAACCUAGCCUUUAGUGUCAUCAGCCUAGUCCUGUGGAACACCCUACCAAUAGAGAUUCAGCAGGCACCUUCUGUGCCAACUUUUAAAUGUCCACUGAAAACAUUUCUGUUCUGCCAGGCCUAUGCAGGCCACGGUGACCUAUUGAUGUUGUAAAUUUCCUUUUGCUUGUUUUUAACUUUUUAUGGUUUUAUUGGUUUUACGUUUUUAUAUUGUUGUGAACUGCUGUGAGACAUCUAUGACACAGCGGUAUAUAAAUAUUUUUAUAAAUAAAUACAUAAAGUUUCAAACCACAGCAUGCCAGUGUUCUCCCUGAGAAGCUAUGAUACUAAGAGUCAGGGAAAUGAGAAAUAGUUUAACUGAUUCUUAAGGCUGCUUCAAGCAAUAUUUCAUUAUAAAAUGUCUUCUUAAUGUUGUACACCGCCCUGGGAUCUUCUGAUAAAAGGUGGUAUAUAAAUUGAAUAAAUAAUAAUAAUAAACAAUAAUACUUGAAUACAAUCCCCAAAACUGGUCUAAGUUUGAAGUGCACAAAUGUGUGUGUUUGGCCACAUCAUUUUAAACUACUAAACUAGUUAAGUAGCUCUAUUGCAGUGAUUGCAAACACGCACACUGUGAUGGGUCUUUACCAUAGAAUUGUAGAGUUAGAAGGGACCCGAAGGGUCAUCUAGUCCAACCCCCUGCAAUGCAGGAAUACCAUGAAUAUCUCUACUUGUUAGGGUUUUAGGCUUGCUUUAAAUGGAUCUGUUGUUUUUGUUGUUUUAACUGUUUUUAAUUAUCUCAUGUGCAAAUUACCUUGAGAAGAUUGUUUAGGAAGUGGUUGUUGUCAUUGUGUUUUUAAAAGAGACAAGCAACUAAAAACAUGUUCAGGCAAACUGAGACUUGCAGCACAUGUGCGUAUUAGCACCUGGGGAUAGAAAAAAAACAUUGAGCUUGUUUUUUAUUCCUAGUAUGCAGGAAGAAUAAAAAGGAAGAAUACUGUUGAUUUUUUUUCUUCCUUAAAGGUUUGAAAACUACACUGAGGAAAGUUGAACAUGAGAAUGCAGAUAUGAAAUUUUUGAAUAACCAGUAUAUACAUAAAAUUAGAUCAUUAGAGAAAGAGAACAAAGCCAAGACUGACAAGAUCCAGCAACUCCAAGAGAAAAAUCUGCAAGCAGUGGUUCAGACACCAGGUACACUAUCAGAUUAUGUGCUCAUCAUGCUACCUCUUCUCUUACUAGGCUGCACUUUUGCACCCCAUUUUGGUACUUGAGUAUAUUUGGUUUUAGUGGGACUUUAGCAAAUGUCAAUAUGGAAAAAAAAUUCACCAGAAGCCAUGGAUCCAGAUUCUGCACUAAUAAUUGCUGCAGAACCUCAAUUAUCAAACUCCCUUUAGAGAGGUUUGGUUUCUCAUCCUCUUUUAAACUUUAGGUGAGCUGCUAUAACUUUAUUUCACUGAGAUUUUUGUGCAGGUUAAAUAUCUGUUUCCUUGUUUUUAUGCUGAUUUGUUUUUUCAUUAUUUUGCUUUAUUUUAUUAAAUUGAUUUUAAUAAUUUUGACUAAUAGAGUGUAUUAAUUUUGUUAACAGUUUAAAACCACUAUUUUAUUUUAUGAAGUAAAUCAAGGCAUAAUUUUUGGAAAAAUAAAUAGACAUUACCUACUUUCUUUGGUAUAGAAGUCAGUUCCACGUAUCUAUCUCUUCCUCAAUUGAAAUUGUUGGGGAAGCCCACAAGGUGAUGGCCAGUGUGACCAAUGGCCACUGGUGCCAUAUUACAACACAUGUUGUGGAUAAAACAUAAUCUCUCAGAGUUCUGUGAAAAUUUAGUAAAGAUUUGCCUCUGUGCUCUCAGGCUGAGAUAUUACUGUCUUUAUUCUUAGGGCAUUAUAUGCAAAAUCUAGACUUUUACUUGUAUAGCAGCACUAAAAUAUAGUGUUGGAUGGAGACUCACAGCCCAAUCACAAGCAUGUUUAUUCAGUGCCACUGAGUACAAUGGGGUUUAGGAUACAUACAUAGGAAUUAUAGAAUUUACUUGAAUUUAGGCAAUAAUCCUAACCCCACUUACUGUUAGUUAUAUACAUUUACCAUUGAACUGAAUAGGAAUUCUGAGCAGUCAUGGUUAUGAUUGCACUGUUAUUUCCCGUUGAAAUCAAUGAAGGGCAGAUUUACACUAUUUUACGCUUGCAAACAAAGUAAUAUAAUGAAAUUGACGCAUGCGCUUAGUCUUUGAGGGCUUUAAUGUAGUCUUGUGUCUAUAUAGCAUGUAGAUUUCAUUUAAGCUAUUCUUUUAAUGAACAUUUUGUUAAAUGUAUUCUUUGCCACUCAUAUAAAUAUCUACUGCUUAAAAGUAUUAUUCCAGUAACAAAGGAAUUUCUUUGGUUCUUCAAUAUAAAGAAGAACUCUUGGGGCUGUUUAAUUCUUAGUAAUAUGCAUUUAUCUUUGUAGGUGGUAGGAAAAGAAAUAUUCCGUUCAGGCGUCAGCGUAUGCAGAUAGACCAGCCAGUCCCUCCCUCAGGAAUCGGUGCUUAUCCAAUUCCUCAGCCAGAUGACCCAUAUAUUGCAGAUCUUCUUCAAGUGGCUGACAACAGGUGAUUAAUGGUCUUUUAAAAUCUUGACAUACUAGUAAUGCCAUCCUGACAUCUCCCUCCAGUCUUCCAUGAAUGAGAAUUAGUCUCUAACCCUUCCCCUCCCACCUCUGUGGGAGAAAAUGUUUGGGAAGAAUUACUUAGUUCUUUAAUCGCCGUUCAUGUUUCCGAUUGUCAAAAUGACAAGAAAUCAAAAGUUACUAUGGCAUUCAUUAUACAUUUUUGAAAACCAGAACAGUUUAUGUAUUGCACUUUGGCCUUCCUUUGGACUUCUUCACUGUGAUCAUAAAACAAGGGAUUAGCAAUGUUACGUUUCAAUGUUUUAACAACGUAAGGUUAAAAAGUUCAGUAUAUUUUUCUUAGUACUAUGCCUAUUUGAGGGGGGUAUUAAUGUAAAACACGCUGUAUUAAUUACUUUUACUUUUGCUGCUUCUAAAUGUAUGCAAUCUAUUGAAUGACUUGAGAUUUUGAGUGACUGUAGAACAGGUAAUAAUGAGAGUUGUCUGCGGAAAAUAUUUUAUUAAUGUAGAAUUCCUGAAUGAAACUCAAAUUCAGAUAAAAUAUAUUUCAGAAUUCAUGAACUGCAGUUAGAAGUGUCGGACUUGCAAGAAAAGCUAGAGAUAGCGGAACGUGAGGUGAAAAAUUACAGCAAACAGGUAAACUAAUAUUUUAAGGGUUGUGUAUUUUGCUUCUUAAUUUUUCAGUAUAGUCUACAGUUUCUCUUUGCUGAAGAAGGGAUCUUAAGAUCAGCAUUUCCCCCAGGAACUGUCAGCAUUUUGUUAAUGUCCUGGUUAAAAGCCAGUAGUGGCUUGCUUUGGCAUAGCUACUUCCGUAUUCAUUCUACUGACAGAGUGGGGAAUGUAGCUCAGUAGUACAGCUCAUGCUUUGCAUGCAGAGCAUCUCAGACUCAAUCUGCAAUCCCUGUCUGAAAUACUAGAGAGCUGCAGUCAGUGUAAACUAUACUGAGCUAGAUGGGUCAGGAUUCUGACUCUGUAUACGGGUGGUUUUAGUUGGGGUCCCUAUAUCGCAAAGAGGUUGGUCCAAUUUUUCUGUGUAUGGUUUUGGCACAUUAGCUUUCACCAAACUCCUAUUUUUUCCCUGUCCUGGCUAUUCACUGCUAUUAUAUUAUAUUAAUCUAUCCGAGUGGGUAGAGCUUGACAGAAGUUAUACAGAGGAGUUUUUAUCCUUCUCAUUUGUUCCUCCCUUCCCUUCCCUUCCAUUGCCUUUUUCUGUUCUGGGCAUGCACACAAUAUUUUUGUAACUAUGUGCAUGUAUUCCUUUAAUAAAACAAAACAAAAUAAAACAGGAAACAUAGGAGAGAAAAUGUUACUAGCCCAAGUUACCAUAUUUGACAAAAUACAAAAUUGAGGCAUGUGCUUUCUUUACAGAUGGGAUGAGGGAGAAACUGGGAAGUAUCGAUUUGCAUUUAAUUUUUGUUUUUUUUAAAAAAAUCAAUACUGAGGACUUGCACAAAAGUGCCUGAUGUAUUUACUAUGAUGACAGUUUCUGAGUUGAUACCCUACUUGUACUCUGUAGAUAUCUCGAGAGAACAACUCCUCCUAACUGGCUAGUCGAAAUUUGGACACUCCUCCAGAAUAAGACAGUUGGUGGAAACUGUCACACUUGUAUCAAGUGAGGAGCAAACAGAAGUAGGUGUGUGGUAUUAGAAACCACCCACCAAAACGUGUGACAAAGCAUCUACAAGAAAAUGUGAUAGCGAGCAUCCACACCAGGAGUGACCGCACAUGUACAAUGGGUUAUCUGAGAAUUUUUGUGGUACAGUCAAACCUCAGCUCCCCAACCCCCCUGUUUUGGAACGUUUUGGCUCCUGAAUGCCAAAAACUGAGAAGUAAAUGCUCCGGUUUUCGAACAUUUUUUGGAAGCCGAACGUCCAACACGGCUUCCGCUUGAUUACAGGAAGCUCCUGCAACCAAUCAGAAGCCGCACCCUGGAGUUCCUCCGACCGGAGGAACUGGCUCCGUGGAAACUGGGUCUUCCCACCGCGGCGAAGGUGGGGACCCGCUAGAAAUCCCAGGCGGAGGAAGCCUGGGAACGUGGGGUUCGGCAGGGCACCAGGAGCACCCUACGCACCGGGAACCCCAUUUUGGGGCUCCGGAGUGAAGUGGGGUGAGCGGCGCGGUGCUGCGAACUGAUUGCUACUUUCACGGAGUGAAGCCGCACAGCCAUUGCCGGAGAGCGCUGACUUUUCCUGUGGACAAUUGGAUUUAAAACAAGUACCCGUGAGUAGAAACGGAAAAUUGGAUCAAGAAAUAUCUUAAUUUGGCACCGAAGCGGGAAGGUUCAAAACAGGAAGUCCGCCUUCCGCUUUUUGUACAUAGACUGAAGCAAAAACCUUGUAAGCUAAAGUCUGGAAAGUCGUUAAAAAAGUUUAAAUUUCCUUCAUUUAUAAUUACUGAAACCCCCUUGGAAGCAGGAGAAAAGGGGGGGGGCUUUGUUUAACGCCUGCAGGAGAGGGAGUGAAGAAAGAUAAGUUUCCACCGUCUCUAACCUGGGAACGGGGUGUCAGAGACAGAAAUUCUUGGAGAGGUUCAUUGACUGUGAAUGGAAUACUUUGACAGAUAGCUAAAGAAGAGAAAUAAAUUGAUUCCAAUGUUGCCUUCUGCAUUCUAAAGAAACAAAAUAUCUGAAAAAUGAAAGUAAUUUUCCUUUGAUGGACUUGCCUUAAAAAAAAUGGAUACAAAUAGAAAUUGUCUCCUCUAGAGGGAGCUUGCUAAAUUGUUGCUGCAGUCUACUUGAGGACUCUACAGCUGUCAGAUUAAGAUCGUGGGACCAGUCCUUUUUGACCUUGACUAAAUAUGAGCUGGGAGGAAGUUUUGGUGCUUGCUUUAUGCAAGACAAGUGCCUUGCUGGAACAGAUGCAUGAGAAGAUGGAUUUGAUGAAUGAGAAAAUGGAUUUGAUGACUGUUGUGGUUAAUAACUGUGGACAAACAGGGAAUAUUGAUACAGAAACUAUUCAGGGACCAACUCAGGAACCUGUACUGAUUGGGCAAGUGCAGAAGAUAAUGGAGGAGGUUGCGGUUGCACCUCAAAUAAUACAAAUGGAGAGACCCGAGGCCCUACAGGAGUAUAAGCCGCUGUCUUUGAAGAUUGAAGUUGGAGUCGGCCAGGGGGAGUCUGGAGCUGAGGAGGUUCUUAACUUUGGAGAGACCUCGAAAUAUGUUUUUAAAUAUUUUUUGGACUACAUUGAUGAUUGUAGGGAGUGGGACUCUGGGGAAUGGGCUGGUUGGAUGAAGGGAGAUGAAGAUAAUUUUGGGUUGGAAUCCCCCAGAGACCUACUCCCCAACGAGAAAGGAAAGAAACUAAGAAAGAGACCAACAAAAGACAAGGAAAAGUGCAAGUAUAAACAAGAAGAAGAUGAUCUGCAGAAGGGACAUGGAAGAGACUUAAGGGCCUCGGACAUUAGAUUACCAGGUUGAUGGACUAGAUGGAAUGGACAGUAAGGACUGACACGACCCGAGACCAGGAAGAAGAGACGUUGGAUGAAGAUUGGAAGAAAAUUUAUAAAGAAUUUUUUUUUAGGGAAUUAGCCUAAAAUUAAUGAACAUUAGGGAAAAUGUUGGAAUGAAACUAUAUGACUCUAGUAGAAAAGAUAUCAGGAGUUAUGUAUAAUCGAGUAUUAAGCGUUAAGCUCUAAAGUAUUUUUUGGUAAGAUAAGGUUAAAUAACUUAAGGUAAUUUGAAUAACAGAAUAUGGGGAAAGGAUGGAAAGGAUUUGUUGAGUUAAUUAAUAGGUUAAAUUGUCAAGAUAAAUUAUUUAGUAAAAAUUGAGAAAGAUGGAAAGAAUUUGCUGAAAUAAUCAAUCAAACUAGAAUACAAAAAGGGAGGUGUGAGGAGGUCAAUGAAACAAGCAAAUGGAAGUUAAAGAUAUGUAAUAUGGGAUUUGUGUCUUUUUUUCCUUCUUUUUUAUCUUUUUGCUGUAUUAUUGCAUUGGUUUUUAUGUCUUGGUUUUUUUUCUUGUUUUUUUUCUAUGUAUUGUAGUGUUGUUUUUAAUUUUUUUUCUUUCUUUUCUGUAAUUUUGAAAUUAUUAAUAAAUAUUAUUUUUAAAAAAGUAAUUAAAAAAAUCAGAAGCCGCACCCUGGCUGUCGAACAUUUUGGAAGCUGAAUGGGUUUCCGGAAUGGAUUACGUUCAACAACCGAGGUUUGCCUGUAAAAGGAAAUCCCAGUUAAUUGUGGGGGAAUCCUAGCUGGCAUUUUGGUGAUUACAAUGAUAAAACGUUGUGCAUGAGCAUCACCAGUUCCACAACAAACCCCAAGGCAGUUUCCUAAGAAGAGAUUCCUAUUAAUAUUCAGUUUCCUUUCCAAAGAAACUUAUUCUUAAUCUCAUUGCACUUUACCUCUGUUGUGUUGGCAUGUGUGGCUUUGAUGAACUUGACAGGCCCCUAGAACACUUGAGGAGGACCCUUCCUGCAUGCUAUCACAGCCUCUCUGGUAACACAUUCACAAAUGGUCCAUACAUCAGACUGGUGUCGAGGAUAAUUUCUGGUAUGAUGAGUGUUUUCAUUGGAAAUCAUAGCAUCCCCAGAACAGUCCCGUAUCCUUAUGUACUAAGAGGAGAAGUUCUGGCCAGGCAUUUACAGCAGCAACACUCAAUCAUUUUAAAAGAAUAAUGAUUUUGUCUCCAAAGGUUGAGCUGCGAGACCGUGAGAUUGAGCGUUUAGGCCUGGCACUGGAUGGCGGUCGCUCUCAUGAUGUCAUAUCUUUGGAAGCCAGAAGCAGAAGUAAUGAAAAAAUUAUUGCUCACUUAAAUUUACAGGUAACAUGUUUGAGCCUCUUUCACUUAGAAACCUUUGUAAGAUUCCUCAGCUCCUGAUAAAGCUUUAGUGAAGUGCUGCAACUCCAAAACCACCUGAAUUGACUCCAUAACUGUAAUCAGAGAUGUCACGUCCCAUUUUACUGGCUGUAUCCUACACCUACUCAUAAGUUAGUUUAUUCCUUUUGUGGUCAUUGUGUUCCAGCCGAUUAACUUAGCAAUGAUAAUAUGGCUGAAAAUUUUUGGAGGCUGUUUCCUCCAAAUGUUUGGGUACCAAAUUCAUGACUUGGCUAUUCAGCUAAUUAAAAUAUCCACAGAUCUCAAAUGUUUCUUACGUUCUAAGAACAUAAAGUACUACAGCUAAUAAUGGAAAGCUAUUUGAGAACUAAUUGCUAUCUUUUGUUUGCCUGUAGUUGUGCUUCUACUGUUUUAUUAACUUGAAACAUUUUGUAUGUUGUGGAUGUGUUUCAGAUUGAAUUUCUGCAACAAACAAACAAAGAGCUUGAAAUGCGCAUACAAGAUCUUCUGGACAGUAAGCAAAAUGUCACUAGUGAAGUGGCUCAUUUAAGCAAUAAAAACGAAGAGCUGUGCCAAGAAUUGAGUGAAAUAGAUCAGUUGGCACAACAGUUGGAAAGGCACAAAGAAAUUGUGCUUGAGACUGCAGAUAAAGAAAUUGGACAGGCUAAGGUAAGGGAAUUUUGUAACUUGGUAGAACAUCAAGAAAAUGUCUCAACUCCCAAUGAAAGGUUUCAGGAGUUGCAUCUGCUUUUAAAAGUGCACGCAUUUGCCCUUGUAUUUUAAAUUUCAUAAAGUGUAGUGCAGAAGAGGAUUUGCAGACCAGCAACAUCUGGAGAGCCAUAACUUCCAUAUCCUUGCUUUAAUGUAUGGAUUUUGAUAUUUUGUUGUAUUUGCAAUGCUUGUAACAGGCCCCUGUGUACAUUAUAAUGGAAUGAGGUCUGUUUUGUAGUUGGCCAAGGAACUGUAGAACUGAGUAACCAUAUCCUAUAAGAAGGAUUAGUUUAACCUCCAAAAGGGCCUUUGGGAUGUCAGAUGAGCGUUUUGGUAUUUUCUUUCCUACUAAGGACAGCUGUUACACUGUGGACAUGCUGCACAUUUGCUAGAGAACUUCUCUUUAGUCUGCUGGGUUCCCUUUUUCUGCAGAAGGGAUCUGGAGACCUUUCUGUAGAUUUGCUCACAUAGAUCUUUUCCUAGUCAUUUGAUAUCCCUGUAGCCACCAGACACCUCCGAUGUCAUUCAACUGCUCCCCAGUUCCAUUAAAUUUUCUGCUGCACUCCAGGUCUCUUUGUCCCAUAGAGGCUUCAAAAUAUGUUCUAUUUACAGUAAUUUCUGGGUUUCUCUGCUCCUUCUAUCCCCAUCUGACAAGUAAAUAGAAUUAUUAUUAUUAUUAUUAUUAUUAUUAUUAUUAUUAUUAUUAUUUAUAUACCACCCUAUACCCGCAGAUGAUGGAAGUUCAACUCCAAAGCUUUUUUGCUACAGUUUAUAGGAAUAAUACAAAUAGCAUUUAUAUAACAUUUUCAAACAUUUGAUGCAUUUAACAUGUAUUGUUUUGUUGUAAACCAUACAACAGCCAUAUAAGGUAGGUCAGAUUCUCCUAUAUUACAGAUAGAGCCUGAGGCUGAGAGGGAGUAGCUUGCUUGAGGCCAUCUACAGAGUUCAGAUGUAGACUAGAUUUCAACUUAUGAACUUUGUAGCUUGGCCUUGUAUGUACUCUGCUACAUGAGCUCAUUGAUGAUGCACAUAAAUCUACAUAACAUUUUGCAGACAGUUUUGUACAUCCCUGAUCUUUUUCUGUAAAUUAUGUGAAUGAAAGUUUUAGAUAUAAUAGAUAUUCGAUACCGUGUGGACAUACUUGAUAUAUUUUAUGUUUAAACAGAAAUAUGACCUUUAAAAAUGAAAAGGUUUUUUUUUACUUCUGUCUAAUAUGGUGGCAUAUUUAUAAAGACCCUUCACUUUUUAUAAACAUUUUAUCAUUUAUGAUUUAUAGGAAGAGAUUAAAAAAACAUACAGUGAAAUCCAGGAUCGUGAAGAGACAAUAGCGAAGCUUAAGUCAGUAAGUAACAAUUUUAAAGUGGAAUAAGUUUAUUUAACUCAAUGCAUUUUUAAUACUUGGAUACUUAGGCUGAAUAUAAUGUGUGGACUAAAGACAUCUGUUUAACAGAACAAGAAAGGAAAGCAUUAGUAGUAGCAGUAUUUUGAUAGCUGUGCUGCUCUUCUACUUCUUGACAAACAGCUGAUAAUGCACAAGUUCUAGAGCAGAAAAGAGAAAAUAAGUGAUAUCCUUUAUUGGACAUGUUAUGGUAGAACAGUAUUCUGGUUUUCAGAUUAGAUUAAACUCUGCUGCAAACAGAACAAAAAACUAACUACUGUGUCUUGAAAGCCACACUUAUGAGAGUGUGCACAAUCCAGUCAGUUAAGCAUGUUAAGUCACAUUUCAAAAGGAAACAAGUAGAUUUUGAGAAAGUAAUUCUUUGCUUUUCCCAAACCUGGAAUUUUAAAAACACAUUGUUUGCACUUUCCCAUUACCGGAGACAUUCUUUCACUAUGCCACAUUUUGCGAUUAUAACUUGUCUGGAUGAUGACUAGAAUUUAGAUUUAAACACCAUGUAUAAGUAGAAAUACCUAUGUCAAUGAAAUAUUGUUUUACAAACUCUAUAUUUAUUGUACUAUCCUAUUUUGAAAAAUACACAUUUGACUUUAGGAGUUAUCUACAUAUCGGCGAGAAAAAGACAGGCUGACCGAAGAACUCUAUGGAAAAACUGAUGAAAAACAAAAUCUUGAAGUGUUGUUAAACCAGGUUCAACUAGAGAACCAUAGACUGGCCAAAAAACUUGAAAACCUUGAAAUAAUAGGUAUGUGUUUUAAGAGAUCUGGUGGAUUAUGUUGUACCCAAGACAAUCCACAGCAUAGUACCUGCACCUACCAAGCAUCUACCAAGAUGUUCCCUGGGUCACCGACAGCUCACUACUUGAGAGUUGCUCAGGCCCCUAUCCACCCCAUUGCUGCCACAGCAACAAUGUGGCCCAAUUGGAAGUCUUCCUGCAGACUCCAACCGAACAGGGGGAAAAAACAGGCAGGGCAAAAGCUGGGAUAUCCACAAGUGAUGUCGUGGAAGGCAGUGUGCCUUAUGGAGUACUCUUUUCUAUUGUUCUGAAGUUUUGCUUUUCUUUGGGAUUUUACUUUUGCCUCUGCUCCCUUUUACUUUUGCUGUUCGUUUGUUCCCUCUCAGCCUUAUCCUCGGUGGGGGGCUCUGAUGGUGUUGAAGGAAGUAGCAGUGCGGGGAAGGGGCCUAGAGGAACGGAGUGACAAAGUUAGGGGUGGGGAGAGGCAGGAAACAGUUUGCCUUCUGUGAAAUGGGUGUCUUGUGCUAGGCUCACCACCACUGCAGCCAUUCUGUUGUAGUGCCUAUGAGAAUUGUUUAGAAAGGUUGGGAACCACUGUGAUAGCUUGUAUUCAAAUGCUGGGGGAAAUACACUGAAGAUAGCAGAACUUUUAACAUAUACAACUUGCUUCGCUGGUGAGUUACCUACACAUUUUUUGAACCAGAAUUUGCCUGGUGAGCCCAAUUUUUCUUUUCCUUUCUUCAUCAUAUAGGGUAAAACCUGUUUCCUUGGUAUUAUUCACUCUUAAAAGAUUGGACUGCCUCUUAAGAUAGUAAUUUUUAAAAUGCAUUCUUCCUCCUUUAGUCCAUAUUUUCUUGAGGAUGGAUGAAUGCAGUUCUGUCUGACUUUGCUCCUUCUAGCAUCUUCGUUGUAUAUCUUCAACCAUGUGCUGGUUUUCUUUAAAUUGACCACCUCUGGUAUAUGCUAACUUCAUUCAUGCUUGUUGGUUAUUUUCUCAUGCAGAUCGGGAGCUUGUUGUAGAACUAGAGAAAAUGAGAUUAGAAGGCGGUAUAGCACUGGGGGACAAAUCACCUUCUCGUCUGGAUGCAUUUGUAAAAACUAUAGAAGAAGACAGGGACUACUAUAAGCGUGAGCUAGAGUGUCUCCAAAAGAUAAUUAAACAAAGAUCUAGCCCAUUACGCAAGUCACCAGAAAAGGUAAUAAUUUUUUUGUUAAAUAUAUUAUAAUGCCUAGUAACCUUUUUCAUAUGGUGCCCCAGUUUACAACUGCCAUACUACUCAGAUGUGACUGCCAGUAGUAAGGAGGAGGCAUUUCUCAAGUAGUCAGACUGGUUGACUGAAUUCAUACUGUUUUAGUAAGGGAAAACAAUGUUUUCCAAUAGAAGUGCAAGGUUUAAUACUUGUAUGCCAGUGGAUUUGCUGCAGACCCCAGCAGCUUUUCAAAAUAUUUGUAAACCUUUUUAGCAAACCUGAACCACUUCAUAUUCAAUGUAUUCUUCAGAGAACAUGGGGUCCCUUAACUGUUUGUGUUUCAUUUCCCCCCUUGACUCCUGUUUUUCAAUUUUUAAAAAAAGAUUGCAUUACAAAGCUAUCUGUCUAGUUUACCAAUGUGAAUGGAAAAGAGAAACUGUCGAACACCUUCAUUAACUGGGAUCCAUUCUAUUCCCAGAAAAUUCUCAGAAUAUGGUAUAGAAAAUUGCAUAAUUGAAAUGCUGUUUUUCCCCUGUUUAGACCACUUCAGAAGUCCUGGGAUAGGGACGCGGGUGGCGCUGUGGGUUAAACCACAGAGCCUAGGACUUGCCAAUCAGAAGGUUGGCGGUUCGAAUCCCCGCGACGGGGUGAGCUCCCGUUGCUUGGUCCCAGCUCCUGCCAACCUAGCAGUUCGAAAGCACAUCACAGUGCAAGUAGAUAAAUAGGUACCGCUCUGGCGGGAAGGUAAACAGUGUUUCCAUGCACUGCUAUGGUUCGCCAGAAGCGGCUUAGUCAUGCUGGCCACAUGACCCAGAAGCUGUAUGCCGGCUCCCUUGGCCAAUAAAGCGAGAUGAGCGCCGCAACCCCAGAGUUGGUCACGACUGGACCUAAUGGUCAGGGGUCCCUUUACCUUUACCUUUACCUUACCCUGCUUUGUAAUAAUUUCCCCCCUCUACAUUCAUCUGUUUGCAAAACAAAGCAAAUAGCUCCCAAACAUUGCAAAGUGUUUCUGUGCAGUUGGACUUCAGGAAUGAACUUUGCCAUCAGGUGUAAAUCCACCUUGGAGCAUGUUUAUACUUAUAGUGCAAAUUUGUGACAAUGCUUUCUGAUUUGCCUUCUUGAAAGUCCCUAUUAGGCCACUGGGGAUAUAUCUUAUAUUAUUUACUAUGAGUGCAAUAUUUCACCUAAGCAUUUUAUUUGUUUGUUUGCUUGUUUUUGUUUUACUUUCUCUUCUGCUGUAUCUUUCAUGGCUUCCAGAUAGCCCAAUGAAGAAUUUAAGUAAACAUUGUAUCUCAGUAGAUUUGGUGCUUGAGCUGUGUUUUUGAAACGUAGUGUCAAUACAGUGUAUUUUUAUGUUAAACAAGUUAUUUUUAAAUCAAAUCAAUUUUACUUCCUGCAGGGUCUUUAAAGGUAUCUGUUGGGCUUUAAUAGCAAUUUGAUAUUGUCCAAAAAUUGGAGCGUUAGGGUUAAAUAUGAGGCAGUACAGUAUGAUGAUAUUACUAUUCAGUAGUAUUAUAAUACCCUGUGUAUAUUUACUCAGAAGUACAUUCCACUUAAUUCAGUAAGAUUAUUUUCCUUAAUUAAACAUGCAUAGGACUACAGCCUAAAAUGCAUAUGUUCCUCAUGCCCAGGGCUCACAUAGACCCACUCUUAUAAUGCUAAGCUGUUUAUGAAGCCUGGAAUGAUUGUCUGAACUCAGCCAUAGUUUGAGGUAUAAUCCUGUCAUCAGAUAUAUCUGUCUUAAUUACUUCAGUAUAAUUUAAGUAAUUUAACCCAGGAUUUCAGCGCUGAUUAUUUACAUCAGUAGCACCUGUCAGUAACAGUACAGUAUCUGUGCCAGGUAACUAGUAAUAUAGUUUUUAAUGUGUAAUUUUCCUCCCCCCCCCUUUUUUUUUGACAGAAUGGUGAUCUAAGAUUGGUUACUCGAGAAAGAGAUGAGCUACAGUCUAUGCUAGAAAGAUUUGAAAAGCACAUGAUAGAAAUUCAAUCUAAUGUCAAACUCUUAACUGCAGAAAGAGACAAACUAAGCAUUCUUUAUGAACGGGUAAGUCCAAAUUAAUAGGUGGGGCCACUGACUGUCAGGACAUAACAUGUAUAAUGGAGCCGAGAUUUGCAGGAGCAAGAAGGAAGCAACAUAUAAUCAUAUAAAUACUCUUCAAAAGAGAAUUAGACAAAAUCAUGGUGGAUAAGGCUAUUAGUGGCUACUAACCAGGAUGGCUAUGUUCUGCCUCCAUAGUCCGAGGCAGUAGGCAUCUGAAUACGUCUUGGAAACUGCAGGAGGGGAGAGUGAUCUUGUCCUCAGGUCCUGCUUGCAGGUUUCCCACAUGCAUCUGGUUCACCACUGUGAGAAUAGGAUACAGCAAUUGCUGCAGAGCCAGGCUUAGACAUGGAAGUAACAGAAAGAGGAAUGAAUGCAGAUUAAAGGACAGGUAAUAGAUUUAUGCUGUUGAGACAAUGUCUUAACCUGCACCAGAUGCAUAGCUAUCAUUGAACUGGGUAAGAAUGGCCUCUGGUUGGGCAGGCGGCAUGGUACAAGUCAAUGCUGGGCCAAAUUCCUCAUGUACUUGGCAGCGUUUUAUUUGUUCUCCAUCUUUUUUCUUUCACCCACCAACUUACGCCUUUCUUUCUUCCAUGCAUGAUCUGAUAGCUUGCAUAUAUAUAUUCAUUUUAUUGAUACACUUAAAAAACGUUUAUUUUUUUACUUUUUAAGUCUCAAGAUGAGUUAAACCGUCUACGGAGAGAAACAAAAACUUCUUUAAUGACACAAAGUUACGCAGAAGAGGAGCGGAACAUUGCAAUGUCCGAUUUCAGAAGAGUGGUGGCAGAGAAAGAAGGACUAAGAGAGAAGUUAAAGGUCAUCAUUGUACAAAUAAUGCUUUUUUGUAAUGUUUCGAGCUUGCGAUAACUUUGUGCUACUUUGUUACCUCACAAAAGUCGCUACUCCCCAUGGAUGGUGCAAUUAAGCAGGGCAGUCAAUUCACUAAUUUCAGCCAAAGCCAUUCAAAAAUUUCUAAGGCACAUUUUUAUCUUGUGAACUGCCUUGGGAUCUUGUGAUAAAGGGUGGUAUAUACAUCAUCAUCAUCAUCAUUUAGAGCGUCAGUUUUUUGGGGGGGGGGAACCAUGCUAUAGAUGAAGUCAACAAGCUGCUAUCUUGCACAUAAUACUUCUAGUGUUCUGGACCCAUAUAUAUAUAGUGUUCUGGACCCAUAUAUGCAGUGCUUUUUUCUGGGGGGAUGCAGGGGUACGCAUACCCCUAAACAUUUUGUGAAUCUUUGUACUUUUGUCCAUUUACUGUAUUUAUUUCUCCCCACUUUGAACUAUAAAAUGGUGAUUUUCUUGAGUCAAAAUGAGAGUACCCCUAAACAUUUUUUAAGGAAAAAAAAAGGGCUGCUUCUAUUGUUGUUAAUAUUAACAUUGCGUGAGUAUCCAUGUGAGCUGCUAUGGAACCAGCAGCAGAGUCAUCAGGAGCAGAGGAGAGGCUUCAACAACUGACACCCAGACUCUGCUCCCCAGGAAUUCUUUAUCAGUCGAACCUGCAGGAAACAAAUGGAGGCAGGGUGGAGCCAGUCAAAAGCAGCAGCAGCUUGAAAGGGAUGUCAUGCCUCCCUCCCCCUUUUGGAGAAAAGAGCCCCCUUGUCUCCAGUGACACACAGAAUGAUGCGUAGAGUGGAGCAGAGAUUAGAGAUGCCUAGAUGCAGUUUGAGGCUGCUUGGGAAACAUCCAGCAGAGGAGGAGCUUUAGAGGAGCUUGAAGGUGGGGACAUUCAGUCCUGGCAGCUGCUCUAUAGGGGCAGGACUUGCUGAGAAGUGUUGCUGAGUUGUAUACCAUUUCUUUAAAUAAAGAGUUAACUUCUCUGACAAACUCUGCUUCUUGCUUGCUGGCAUGAGUUUGACUCCAGCCCUGACAUAAACCCAUGUGCUCUGCCUUCUGUCUCUGUUCUUCCUGCCUCACCUUUCCACAUAGCACAUAUAUUAGCCAAGUUCAGUGUUCUAAAGGCAUAGAGAGUGGGUGCAGUUUUCUUUAUGUCUCCUAAUUCCCAUGCUCCCUAGACGAUCAGAUGCUCAAAGGUUAAUCAGACAAUUAAACAAUGCCCUCUGAUGAGUUGUUUUUCUUUGUUUCAUAAGGUCCAUCAGGAUGAAAAAUCAAAGUUAGAACAGGAAAUAUCAGACUUGGAAAACACUGUUCACAGAGUAAGUGAUUUAAUUACUUGCUGGCAUCAGAAUUUAUUAAUGCGUAGUGAUGGAAUGUCAUUGUUUGUGUGUUGACUAUUCAAAUUAUGAUUGAGACUAUGGCUUUUCUCCGUUUACUUCUCACGAUCAUUUGCAAGACUAGGUUUGCAAUAGACAUCGUGUAAACUUUUAGCAAUUCCUUUUCAUAUUCCUGAUGGCAGCUCCAUUAUUGUGAGCUUUACUGCCGGUACAUUGCGCCUUAACAUCUAAAAGAUUUGGUGGAGUUCACUAAUGAGGGGGUGCUUAUCAAAUUUGCAGAUGGCACCAAACUGGGAGGGGUAGUUUAUACCUCAGAAGAUUGAAUCAGGAUUCAAUAUUACCUUAACAGAUUGGAGAACUGGGCAAAAACUAAAAAACUAAAACAGUUUACCUUAGAGGGUGAUGGACUCUCUUUCAUUAGAGGUUUUUAAUCAGAGGUUGGAUGACCACAUUGUCAGGGAUCUUUUAGCUGUGAUUUCUGCGCUGAAGGGGGUUGGACUAGGUUACCCUUGCGGUCCCUUCCAACACUUUGAUUCUAAGGAGCUUAAGAUUACAGCUGUAGUUUUGCAGUUUUUAUUGAAUUUGAGUAAACUGGUCUUUAUUCGGAUUUUGCUUAGCUUUUUAAAUACUUAAUUUUUUUCUCAAGAAAAAUGCUGCUCUUAGCAGAUUCAGAAAAUAAUAUUUGUGUGUUGUUUUCUGCUGCAGUUGGAGACUGAACAUCUUGAUCAAAUAACUACUAUUUCAUUGUUAAAAAACAAAAUAGUCUGCUUAGAAGAUGAAUCAAAUAUUAAGUCUCAUCAGCUGUCUCAGUUGUCUGAAGAUGCUUCACAAUUUAAAACAGAAAUAAACUCCCUUCAGUAAGUUCAGCUGUGUAUUUAGUAUCUUAUUGGUGCCUUGCUCAAAUCUAUUAAUUUAUGUCAUUUUACAGGAAAUAUUUGCAUCAAUUGUCAGGCCCUAAAUAGAAAUGCAGGCUCCAUAAUUGCCUGAAAGUCAUAUUGGAAGCUGUGUUCCUUAAUUCAAAAUAAUAUGUGGACAUUCCAGUUGCUCAGUAAUGAUGGAAAGGAACACUGAAUAUGCUUGAAGACAAUUUAGUAUUACUUAGGGUUCAGUCCAGUUAUUUCAUUAAGCAAGAGGUUUGGGCUGUGCUUUGGUUCGAAUUAAGCCCCAAAUUGUGUCAGUGCCCCAAUUUCAGGAGAUAAAAGAUUGGAUUCCUUAAAAGUAUAAGAUUGGACACUUAAAAUUGUCUCUGCAUUUCUAGCUGAUAUAUCCUGAUGCAUGGUUUUAGUUUUCUGAGGCUAUUUUUUAAAAACUUUAAAAGCUACAAUUACUAAUUGCUGUUUUUGUAAGCUCAUUGGAAAGUGGCAUUCCCUUUGCUGCAUAAUUCUGUGCUUUGCAGUGUUUUCAGGUUGUGCUUAUCAUAUUCUAACUUAUUUACAUUUAAAAACCUGCACCUGUUUCCCCCCUCCCUCCAAAAUGGAUAUCAAUUCUGCAGACUACUAAAUGAACAGAUACAAAAGUCUUUAGAUGAAGUGCAGCAUCAGUUGGCUCUUAAAGAUGAUGAACUUCAUUUGGCUCAAGAAGAAAUUUUAUUGCUAGAAGAAAAAACAGGUGAAUGCUGUUUUAUUUCUUAGAGUGAAAAAUUUACGGCUUAACUACUUACUCUGAAAAGUCAAGAGAUUGAGACUAGUUUAACUCUUGGCACAGAACAUUGGCGGCAUCUGCCUUUCCUCUUCUCAAGCGGUCAACAACUGUCAAAUGUAGGAUUGAAUUUGGUCCCCCAUUAUUGCUUCCCACUUUUCUAGUGUUGAAUUGCUAACAGUGAUUACAGCAGAAGCAGCAAACCUAUUUGAACCACUGGGCCAAGUCUUUAUCUCCCCACAUCCCACAGGCUAACUUUGACAGGUGGAUGCGAAUGCCAGCCUGUCAGUCAUCUGACAUCAGGUGACUUCUUUGCCAAUGCCUUCCCCACAGAGAACAUAUGGAAGAAGAAGCACUCAGCUAAUGAGCAGAGAUUUAAUUCUGCUCUCUGCAGGGGUCUGAAUGAGAUUUACCCCUAUGGGGAACUGGCAGGUGCUGCAGCCAAUGCAGAAUUGAACCCUGCCUAUUAGCUGCUGUCACCCAGUGAUGUCACCUUAUUGACUGGUGGGCAUGGUUUGGGGAGAAAUGGCCUCAUAGGCCCAAUUGCACACCCUGGUAUGCCAACAUUGGCCCAUGAACUGGAGAUUCCUCACCCCUAAAUUUAGAAGUAGGGAAAGAAACAUGGGCGUGAAAGAAGGGGUCCUCUUGUGCUUUUCCCAUCCUUCUCAGCCAUUCCUCAUUUGGCAAUGAAGAAACAGAGGGAGGAGAAUGUGAGAAGGAGCUGAGAAAGAUCUUGAGAGGGGAACCAGAGGACUGCAAGCAAGAACGUUUCCCUGUUAUUUCUUGUUCAUGCAAAUACCUCCCAUGCUGUUUUUCAUAACUCAGAGGGUGGUGGAAGACACUGCGGAGAAUCCCACUUAUUGCAUAUACCCUCUGGCAGGGUUCUAGUUUUUCAAAGCCAUCAAAGAGCAAGGGACUAGCUUUAAAAGACCUUUGUUGGCAGGCGUUUGUAGUGGGGUGAAUUUGCCCAGCAUUCUUCCUUCACUUCCAUUGACAAUAACUUAGCAUUAAAGAUUUGCCAAUCAUUAAAGUCUAGAACAAGGUGCCACAAACUGAGCAAAAAGGUACCUCACAGAUAAAUGUAAGUUGUCUGAUGAUAUUUGCCAAGUUGUGCUUUUCCACUUGCACAGCCAGACUCUGCCUUACACACACCCACACACCGGUGUAGUCCUUUGAGUGUCCCAGAAUACUACAUCAGGUGAUCCCUAACUCUCCAGAACAGAUAUUGUUGGGCGAGGGGUCAGAGAUAAGGCAGCAGGGGGAAGGAGAAGUUCCAUUACAUGAGUGAAUGUCUGCUCACACAACAUUAGGUGUCACCUUUAAGCUCUAGAUCAAUAAAUCCCUAAACUUUUCCCCCCAUGGACUGCUUGAAAAUUGCUAAGAGUCUUUGCUAACUGCUUAAUUAUUUUUCUGCCUUUUGUAUCAAUUGUAAUGUGCUGUUCUACAUGCUGUAUGGUUUUUCCACUGCAUUUUAUUGCUGCUUUUAUUCCUCAUAAAUUAAAUUUUAUUGUAUUCCAUAGAUUCCUAUUGUAGUACAAUAAAAUACAAAAUAAGAUAUAAAAGAAGCAAUUAAAAUACAAUUGAAAUAAACGCGACUUUUCAUUGCAGUGAACAUACUGUUUCCCAUCUUCAACCACAAAUCCACAGACAUGCUGAAGCCCCCCUGAAUGUAGUCUGCAGACCACAUUUUGGGAGCCCCUGCUCUUCAUAAUUCAAACAGUAUUUAUUUAUUUGCAGGUAAAUUCAGUAAUAAGCACCAUGCACAGGAUGAGACCAUCAGUGUGCUCAGAAGUACAAUUAAUGUCUUGGCUAAGGAAAAAGACAGCCUCCAGGAAAGUAUAGAUGAAAAGACAGAAAGAGUUGCUUAUCUAGAUGACAAUUUAGCCAAUAAGGUAUGUACACGGGGCAUGAAAUAGACACAUCAGGGGGACACAUAGGCUGGAGUUGGGAGAAGGGGGCCUAUUGUACUACUAUUGUACUCUGCUUACCUGACUUUUGAUCCAGGUCAGGACUUGUAAGUCUUGAAUGGUGCAUACUGAUAAAAGACAACAAAAGAAUUAUGAACUGAAGAAAAUUAGUAAUUGUCAAUAGCUUCCUUAAAACAUAAUAAAAAAUCAAACUGUACAUUAAAGAUUAAUAAAAAUGAGUAUGGGGAAAAAUUGUUUAUAGUCUUAAGUUUCAGCAGUCACCAAAAACAGCAGCCCUAUAAGUACUUCUGAAGAGAUCACAAUCUAAUGCAUACAAAGAAGCUUGAAUUAAUAGAUGAGUAUUUAGUAAUAAAAAUUAUAAAAUGAAACUGCUGCCGAGAUCCUUUCAGCUUUACCUUCUCCGUGUAUCUCUUUCCUCCCUUCUCCCCCAGCUUUCUGACUGCUGGCAUGAAGCAGUGGGAGCAGAAAUGCUGACACAUGCCCCAUAUGCUCCCUUGCUGCUUUCAUUUUAGGCAAGAGAGAGUAGGGGAAAGGAAAAGCACUUUGAAGUAAAUGUGAAAAGGGGAGGGGUUGUGCAACAGUUUUUCCACCUCUGCUCUCCAGUUUCUCUGUGCCUUACUGUCAGAAUCAUGUGUUGUCAGCAUUGUGAAAAGAAACUGUGAACUUAGGAUGGUUACAAGAGGCCACAUUUUUUCCUGGGAAGGUAUGUGGUAUAUCAGUAACCUCACACUUUCAGUCCCUUCAGGCCGUAAGUAGUGAUGGCCAAAAGAAAAAUGGGAUUCCAAAGGAAAAUAAAUAAAUGAAUGCAAAUGAAUAUUGAAUAUCAUUGGCCAUUAGUAAGCUGAAGGUACCCAAUUUUUUUAGCUUCAGCUACUCUUAAAUAUUAAACUACAAGAGACUGCUAGUGAAUGACUGGUAACAGUACUGUAUUAUGCUGUAUAUUUGUUACAUCUGUAUUUCACUUGUUGAUCAUACCUAUUAGUGCGGUUGAUGUGAAUUAUGUAAAACCAAUAAUCUUUGCCAUCAUGUUUCUUUCUAUAGGAAAAAACUAUCCUCAAUUUGCGACAAACUCUUACUCAGUUAGAGUCGUCCUUAGAGUAAGUAAUAGUAAUGAAAAUUAUUACUUUUGACUCUGAAAUUUCAUCUUAUAGCAAUCAAAGUAUUUUAAUAAGCUAAUAUACUUAUAAUUGAACCUUUGCACGUGAAGAAGAUGGUUCCUCUGAAGAAGGCUAAAAUAUGGCCAUUUGGGGGAGGGGGGGAAACCUAAGGCAAUUACAAUUGUCCUAAUUCGGCACUUACAGAUGUACUUUAAGGUGGAAUUCUGUGCACCUUACAUAAGAAUCGGUGGAGGGCUGUUUUUUUGCUCAGGAGCAUGCCAAAAUAUUUCCAAGGAGGAAAAUGUAAUGUUCCCUGAUCUUUUCCACAGCCAACCAAUGAUAAUAAUUGAUGGUGCCUUGCCAAUACUCAAAUGCUACAAAGGAAUUCAGUAUAGCAACUGAGUAUUUGCAGGGUAAGCAGAAGAACAGCAAACUAAUAUUAUGCAAAGCAAACUGCAGUUUGAACAUCUGGGCCAAGUCUUGGCUUACUAGAUGGUUAAAACAAACUAUAACUUGGUGUUACAAAUUAUUAUUAUUAUGUGGCCCAUGUUACCAAUCAUAGUGCUGUGCCACAAUUUCAGACAUAAUGCUUGGCGAUCAAGUUGCUAAUAAAGAAAUGUGAGAAGCCCAUGUAGACUGCAAAGAUGGAAUUGUACAAUAAUGUCAUCAUUACUAUCUAAUGCAAAGUUAAAAACACUUGAAAUGAUUCAUCUUAGUUACUGGAAUGUAGUUGUUAUGUAGAUUUAUAUAAUGCAAAAAGAUAAAUUCUGUUUAAGGUUUUCCAAAUCCCCCAUUUGCUAGCCAAUUAAAGGAUGCCUUAAGCGGUAAAGACCGAGAACUAGCCAGCGUCCGUCGCCAGAUCGAGGCAGCACAUUCUGAGCUUGGUGAAGUCAGCAGGGUGAAAGAAAUGGCCUUGAAAGAGAACAGAAGAUUACAGGAUGAUCUAUCCACAAUGGCCAGAGAAAAUCAGGUACAAUAGUUCAUAAUAAUACAUGUCACAAUUGCUUUAAAUAAUGUUUGGGUACCUGAAAUUACAUUUUAUGUGAUUUGUAGCUCUUGGAUAAUUUUAACUGGUGUGUUUGUGGCAGCAUUACAUUCAAUCUAUAUUUUUUUACUUUAGGGGGUGCUGAUUUAAACGUGACACUAGAUAUGUAUAAAACAGUUAUAGAUUAUGUGCAACCAACCAACAUCAUAUUUAAACUAGAUCACUGGUGCAUACACCUGGAGGAUUAACAUCUGUAUACUAAUGCCAUGUAUGUAGGAACUGCCCCAAACCUUGCUUAAAUGUGAUGCUAUCCACUUGGAAUGCCAUCUGUCCAGAUUUUCUACCCUGGAACUGUAUUUCUUUACAUGUUUUCUUCGGAUUACAUUUAGCCGUAAAAAGUGUAAGAUUUUAAAAUAGCCAUCAAGUGAUUGUUCAAACAACAUUAAGUUAGAAUCUAGCCAUUAUUGGGCAAGUUCUCCCUUUAGGGUAGUUAAUUUUUGUCUGGGCUUUUUUCAUUUCAGACUGCAGAUGGGGGACUUGCAUGAUAGAAUGCUCCUUUAUUUAAAUUCAAAACAUAGAAAACUAGUGUUUCCCUGAUCUCUUAUGUAUAGGGAAUUUCUUUUCUAUGCAGAAGUACAUAUACACCUGAAGCCUGAAGUCUGGUACAGCUCAGGCACAGGGUUACCAAAUGAGAGCUAGCCUUCCUUUAUUUGCAUGUACUAUUAUUUGUAAUGGUUUAUCAUCUAAAUAGGCAAUCUCAUCUGAACUGGAAGCAGCAUUACGUGAUAAAGAAGAAAUGAAAAUUAGAGUUCAUAAUUACAUAACAGAAGUCUCCAGGUUUGAAAGUUUAAUGGCCUCAAAGGUGAGGAAGUGCAUUUGGAAGUUCCCAUGAAUAUUUUAUUAAUCAGGUGUAUCAUGUUUUAAAAGUUAAGAUCAGGCAUGGCCUAGCAUCAACCCACAAGUGGAGUGCUGCAGAGGUAGAGAUGGCUGGAAACUAUUAAAACUAAACAUGAAAUAAACAUUCAGCUUAUACAUUCCAAAAGUGACAAUUUGGCUUCAGGUACAGAUUUCGAUAUUAAUACUGUCUGAUAUAGCCUAACAGUUGUACUGCCAGCACAAUGCCUGCAUUCAAACAUAAUGCUAAACCAGGGGUCUCUAACCUUUUUGGGCCCAUCAGCACACUUGCAAACCAGAACAACUGUUGUGGACACCACACAUACAUACACACCAACCAAGCACACACUGCAACCUCUUUUAUUGGCUACAACAGAAGUUGCAGCCCUGGGUAGGGCUUUUGCAUUUAGAAGCUGCAUCUCAAGACCUGACUAGGCAGGCAAUACAGCAGGAUAUUAGGUUUUGUAGUCAGGGACUUCCUGCUUUCUUUCAGCAGCUGACAUGCACACUACAGUCAAACCUCUGCUUACCACCACCUUUUCUUAUGGUCAUUCCAAGCCAUGACCAUGGCAAACCCGGAAGUAACCGGCGGGUUUGCCACUGUUUGCGCAUGCGCAGCGAUCGCCGUUCACGCAUGCGCAGAAGCGACAAUUGCCGUUUGCACAUGUGCAGAAGUGGGCAAUCGCUGCCUGCACACAAUGGUGCCUCUCCCAGUGACCGGUUUCGACCUCUGGACGGACCUCCGGAAUGGAUUAUGGUCGCAAAUAGAGGUUCCACUGUACUGAGUAUUGGAGCCCUAGCUUUCAAGCCCCGUGCAAAGGGCUGGAGUCAUGCCCACUCUCAGGUUGUUAAAUUGAAGCCAGUAACAAACUCUGUGUGUAUUCAGUAUGAUUGCAAUUAACAUAGUCCAUGAAAAGCCUAUUGUGUAAUGUAGCACAGCAUUGUUUUUAAAAUUCUGCUUGUGAAAGGUAUUUAAAAUGAUUUAAAAAUCAAAAUCUUAUUCAGAAUAUCUCAAACUUACAGAUUCCUACUGCAUGCAAUUUGUUACUUGUAGUUAAUAAUAAUAAUAAUAAUUUAUACCCUGCCCAUCUGGCUAUGUUUCCCCUGCCACUCUGGGUGGCUCCCAACAGAAUAUCAAUAAUAAUUUAAAAAGCAAUAAAACAUCCAUCCUUAAAAACUUCCUUAAACAGCAAAGGCAAAGGAUAUAACCCAGAGACCUCUGAGCAACGUGAGUUCUUCUGAAAGGGAAUCUUUCUGUAUCUCACAUUCCAAAUCAGCAGAUAGCUUUUUAUGUUCAGUUAGACUGAGAAAGAGUUUGGGGUUUCUGUGUGUUCUACUUUAAAGAUCUAUUAACUCCAAACUUCUAAAAUGCUUUAAAAACUGUAAACAUGCUGGAGCUACAGGUUUUAUGUGUCCAUACAUUUGGAUAAUAGCAAAAGACCAUUCCUGCCCCACUUAGUCCUUGGAAAUUUAUACAACAGAGCAUAAAAUAUGACACCCUUCUUAUGUGUAAUCAUCAGAAUUUGUAUCAACUUGUAAUGCUUUGAAUUGCUUUAAAUGCUUUGAGGUUCUAACUCAAGGACUCAGCCUCACUGUAAACAAAGAUGAGGAUGUAAAAAAAAAAAAAGAUUUAUUUAAGAGGAAGGAGAGAAGUGGGAGUUGGGGUGCAAGUAAAAUAUGGAGAAGAGCACAAGUUCAGGGUCAAACUGUUCUACCAUGUGUAGUGAAGCAGUGUGAUGAUUUCUUGUGGGUAGAAAGUAUUUGAUACAGUGAUUCAUUGCUCAAUGGUAUAUAUUGCUGCGUUGAACUAGGAAAGAGAAAACAAGGAGCUGUUGGAAAAGUUCCAGAUGCUCUACAGCCAAGCUGAAAGCUGGGAAGUAAAGGCCCAUCAAGCUGAGGGGCAAAGCAGCUCUGUACGACUGGAACUCCUUUCUGUUGAUACUGAGAGAAGACAUCUUAGAGAGAGAGCGGAACUACUGGAAAAAGAAAUUCAGGAGGUAAUUACUGACACUAGCUGAACUUUAUUACCUAGUCCCUUUUCCUAAUGUGCUUUCUUAAUCAUACGCCUUUGCAUUAAUUGGAGAUUUCUGCAGAGGACAAGGUGUGUUAAUUAAUAAUUCGUUUCAGCUCAUGGGAACACUAAUUUCAGAGCUAUUUCUGUUCUUGAAGCAUGUUAGGGCUUAUAAAUGAUUGUAAGUGUAUUUUGGUGAGGGGGGGACAAGUUGGUGGGGGUUGUUUUCUUUAUAUUAACUCAGUAAUCAAGAGAGCUUGAAUUUUGGUUAGCGUGCGGUGAGACGGAGUGUCACAUGCCUGCAUGUAAUAAUACGAGUUGCAUUUGUCUUUCACAUAGCAUAUCAUUGCCCACCAAGCUUAUGAAACACAGAUCUCUUCAAUGGCAAAAAGUAUGGCCAAACUAGAGGAGAGUCUCAAACGUGAAAAAGAAGAAAAGUCUUCCAUCUCUGUUGAUGUGGUUUCUGUUAGAGAGCUGUGUGCCAAACUGGAGUCCAGCAAAGAAAGUCUCUCACGUCAGUUAACAUCCAAAUCUAUGGAGUUUGAGAGGGUAAGAGGAAGAACUUAGCUCUCAGCACAACACAUCUAAAUAAGUUCAAUACUUAAUACAGAUAGUCGAAUGUGACACUAAAACCAUGGUGUUGCAUACUGGUUUAUACUUAACCAUGGUUAAAUAUUCAGAUACUUGCUUCAUUGAUGAUUAAGGUGUCUUCCCAUUAGGCAAGAUCUGAAGCAAAGAACAAAUCUUGACUACAUAUUUCAAUUAAGGGUUUGGACAGCAUGUUAAGCCUUAGCUUAGCCCAAAGAGGAACAAAGCAGGUGUAAUGGGGAGCCAACAUUCUUGUUUGGUCUUGGUGAGCUAUAAUUUGAUUUAAUGUGACAUGCAAACAAGGCCACUACUACCUAAACCUGUUGAAGGAACAUAAAGUUGAGCAUCUGCAUAGAAUUUGCCUAUAUGAAAGGAUGCCUAUGAAUAAGACCUUUAAUAUUUAACCUGAAACUCUUAAUUAGAAUGAAUUGUUUUUAUGUUCUAGGUAAUAUCAGAAUGUGAAGAUGCAAGAGCAGAAACAGAACUGUUAAAAAAACAAUUGUCCAGUGAGCGGCUUACAAUACAGAACUUGGAAACACUCUUGUCUACCAGCAGAGACAAAGAUUUUCAGAAUCAUUUGAUAACCCAUGAGAAAGAUUCAGAAAUACAGCUACUUAAGGACAAGUUAACACUCUCGGAGAGUAAAUUGUAUGUUUGUAAAGUGUAGAACAACUGUUCUUACAUCAUUUUAAAGCUACUGUUUAUAACUUCAUGCAAAGAUAUCUGGCCUCAUGAAAAACCUAGCUGUAUAUAUAAAAAAACAUUUUCACCUGAUAAAAUCCUAAAUUUCUGACACCAUUCUGCACAAACUAUAUAACUUAGUUGCUGGAAACUCUUAAGUCUUUAUUAUUUUUGUCUCAGCCCUCGGUCCUCCUAGACUUGCGCCCAAAGAUAAUGUCAUUUACUUGGAAUUAAGGGUAGCAUCAUAUGUUAUUUUAACAGUGAUUUUGUGGUUCUGUCUCACUGCACAUCCAUUCAUAGGGUCAGAUGUUGCCAUGGUAAACUAGUAAAGGAACUAGUGAAACUGCCUUAGAGGCUGAUUCAUGCGAACAGGAGUGCUAAAUUCCCUCUAGAUCAGGGGUGUCCAACAGGUCGAUCACGGGGUUUCCCUGGAACCCCGAUCCCCCCGAAAGCUCAACAACUUUGAUGGGUAGAUCACUGCCAGUUUUUUUAUAGUGGGAGUAGAUCACAGUCUCUUGGAAGUUGGACACCCCUGCUCUAGAUGUUUGGGGUACUCAGUGCAGUCCUAUGUAGCCCUGGGAUUCUGAUUCACAUCCUGAUUCCUCACACUUGAAAUCUCCAAAGAUAUGGAAGGAAUUAGCAGCAUGAGCAAAUGUUGUGCGCUGGUCUUAAGUUUCAUAUUGAGAUGACUCUGUCUCCAAGCAUAAUACUUUAACUGGACUGACCUUGAUAAGAAUCUUCCCCAAUAAUAGUUACAAACUUGCAGUUGAGAAAUAUCUUCAUUGUGUGUGUUUGCAUUUGUGUGUACACAUUUGUAUGUCUGCGUAUAUGGGUUUUUUUGUUUUUGUUUCUUGCUCCUUGUUUAUCUACCUUGUUGCCGCUAUUUUUAAAGUUCCUAUAAGAUGCCAUCUGUAACUGUGCAAUUGUUAAGAACUUUCUCUGUUUGCAAUAUUUUUAGAACGAGCGUUAAUAGGGAAGUUUCAAUAACUCGAAAUAAACUUGCACAGCUGCAGGCUGAUUAUGAUAUUGUAAAAAGGCAGCUGACAACAGAACGAUUUGAAAGGUAAGUGAAUUUGCUUUAUAAAAGUGCCCAGUGUCACAAAUCCUAUGUUUUUAAGAGAAAUAUAAAAGUACUAUGUAUACUAUUCUGCAGAAAAUAUUUAAUAUUACAGCUGACUAAAAAUCUGAUUACAGAAUUAUGAGUGGAAUCCAAUAAGUUCUCCAAAUGCUGUUUUUUCCACCACAAGUUUACUUUUAAAAGACAACUGAAGGCGGCCCUGUUUAGGGAAGCUUUUAACGUUUGAUGCUGUAUUGUUUUUAAUGUUUGGUUGGAAGCCGCCCAGAGUGGCUGGGGAAACCCAGCCAGAUGGGCGGGGUACAAAUAAAUAUUAUUAUUAUUAUUAUUAUUAUUAUUAUUUAUCCACUAAUGGAGGAAGUGGACAGGAAGCAGGAGAAAUCUCUAGAGCAAUUUUUUGGGAAUGCUGGGAGCUGCAGGGGAAGGGAGAAUAAGCAAAAAUCUUCCCUUCAUUAAUUGACACUUUCCACUGGAUCAAAAGGCCUUGCACUUGCAACUCUGUCCACUUACCUAGCACUGAGGUUCAAGAGACCACAAUUCCCUUUGUAAUUUUGCCCAUUAUUUUGAAAACAUUUAAUUUGCCCCUUGUUUUCUUAGCUAUUUAGUCACAUUUUACUGUUCCUUUUGGUAGUGGGAGUCUGUAAAACAAUAGGAAAAAUUGUGGCAAAUUCUGCAGUGUCCUCUCAAAAUUCACAAAUGAAAGGUAAAUAAAAAAUAAGUUGGUGUGUUCUUGUACUGUAGAAAAUAAAAUAUGGGCUAAUCUAGCCAAAGUUAAAACAUUUUAACCCCAUUGUUCAAACUUCUCCCAUUGAAAAGAAAACAGUAUUUUGUUUUGUCUAGAUCAUGCUCCAUAUUUGUUUGGUUUUUCAUUUACUUUGCUGUUUUCUGUAAUGUUAUUUUAUUUUUGGCAUGUUAUCCUAAGUAAGAUUUGCACAUACAUAAACCUUUCAUAACCAAACACAAAGCAAAUAAAUACAUACCAAGAUCCACCUCCUAUGUGGAAACAGUGGAAUAGUAAUUAUUGACAAAGAAAUUCUUUUUCUCCCCCCCCCAGCUCCCCUGUCUAGAAUAGAUGGCUAAAUAGGGGCAAUAAACCCCCUUUUGCUCACCACCUCCUCUGAACAUAUUAAUGAACAGGUUCCUUUUGGGAUGGAAGAUGAAUAAAUAAAUGUGAAGUUUGGAAAGUUGUCCUUGGGUUCUGGGUGAACGAGGAAAGAGGGAAUCUGAGCAUAUUCUGCUCCACGCCUUAUGCUCUCUCACUGACAGUGCUUUUUCUUCUUUUUGUAUAGAACUGUGGCUUAUUAUUAUUACUAUUAUUAGCUCUCUGUAUAGCUCCAACUUGCUUCCAAUGUGGCAAAAUGCAUGGAGAUACGCUCACAAUUUCUUAUUUUUACUUAACAGGGAGCGUGCCAUUCAAGAGAUGCGUCGACAUGGUCUCUCAACCACUUCGCUGCGUGCCUCAUCCCCACUUAGUUCAACUUUUAAAACUUCACAUUCUCCAGAAAGAACAGCUGCAGUGAUAACAGAACAAGCAGACAAGUAUGCCAUUGAAUAGAUUGGGUGUUUACUUUUUUGACAUGUUAUUCAUUUUCAUAAGAUGAAGCGUAAAAUGAAAUGUCAGAACAGGUCUGCAGUUAGCAUUUUUCCAAGAGUAAGUUACAGAUUGACAACAGUAAACCUUUGCUCUGUGGCCCCUCCGUAUGAAUGUAAUGGCGGGGGGCGGGGAUUCUUGGAUGCAAGGAGCUGCUUUGUCUUUUGGGUAGCUAGGGUAACUAAAAUUAUACCAGUGUAUAUUAUUAAUAGUUUUUAUUAUAGUGCAGUCUGACUUGAAGUACUGAGUAACAGAUUCUGCAGAAAAUAAUAUUAAAUUAUCAUGUCUUAAAUGGACAGUAUAGUGCAAAGUAAUAUAAUAACUGUAAUCUUUUCCUUCUCAGAGGUGUGGGCUUCAAGGAUUAAUCAAUUACUUUAAAAGAAGAACAAUAAUAGAAGUUUUAACAUGUUUGGACUCGUUGUCAACACUGACAUGAACUCUACCUCCUAAACAUUGUUAAAUCAUUUAAAACCUUGAGAAAAAUGAAUGUUUUUAAUGUGUGAUCAAACCUUGGAACAUUCUUUUACCACACAAUAUUUCUUAAAUAUGUGGAUGAGCUUUGUCUUUAGGUUACGACCAAAGUGUGUGAAUGUAAAUCUCAUUUUCAAAUGCAAGCUUUUUACUACAAAACCAAGUGAAGGCAGCUGGUCAUGAAGAGCCUUUUAGGCUACCAUUUAUUUGCUCUUUUGUUUACACCCCACUAAUUUUAUAUAACCUGUAAGUCUUAAAUAAUGUUCAAUUUAACCUAGCAUUGUCUAUAAACUUAACAAAAAUAGCAGAUCAAGGAUUCAUAUACUUCUUUAUAACUCCUCAGAGCUGAGUCUGUAUUUUGAAAAUCACUUUAAUUUUGCUCUUAUAAAAAACAAUUACAAUUGCUUGCAUUAAGUUAUCAUGUUAGUAAUAAUGCAAUAUAUAUGCUUAUCUUGGAUCUGUCAACACUCUUCUUUCUUUUUUUAAAGUUCAGUGAUAAAGUUUGAGGAGUUGCCACAGCUGAGCUCCAGCUUUUAA